AUGAGAGAAUCACAAGCAACACCUCGUUAUGAGAGAGACGAAGAAUCGCAAAUGGCUUUCAGAGGUCAGGUUCCCUUUUCUGGAAAUCCUAGAGAUCUAAAACCCUAUGGGCGACCUCCAAUGUUACCCCCACAACCUUACGAUCGUAGACCUCCUUACCGUGGUGGCGCUCCAUAUCAUGUUCCGUACUCACGUCCAGGUGUAGGCGGCCCACCACCUCACGGCCAUAGAGAUUUUGGAGCCCCCACACCGUAUGAUUCACCUUAUUCAAGAGGAAGUCCACUUCAUCCCUCUUAUCAACGGCCACCAUUCCAUGCACCUUUCCAAAGACCUCAUUUACCUCCACAUCUUCCUAUAUUUCCACCGAAAAGACCAGUUCAAAAUAUUUCCAUAUUUUCUCCAUUGCAUGAAAAAGAGAUAUCUCAAAGUAAACAAGAAGAUCAGAGACUUAGAGAUGAAGAAUGGAAGUUGAUGGUCGAUCUCCAUAAAAGGCGUGGAGAGUUAAACAAAUCGACAUGGGAGUGGACCAAAGUAUUGCAUAAUACUUCGUUGGCUUCACAACAAAUGGAAACACUUCACACACCGGAAGAAAUUGAAGCAUUGUGGAAAGCUUUUUUUUUCGAUUUCUCAUUUCCCAAUGCAAAACUGUUGAAAUAUAACGCUCAAUAUUUCAUCGACACUGACUCGACCAAGAAAGAUUACAACGCCUACCAAGAAAGUUUUGUAGACCUCGUACACAAUCGUCAAGGUGCCUGCGAUGUCGAGCCUGA